GGUUUCCAUGGUGACGGUAAACAGGGCCCUGCCUGGAGGGGCUGCUGCUGAGCUACUCGCCGUCGCCAUGAUCCCCCCCUCGGACUCUCUGCUCAAGUAUGACACCCCGGUGCUGGUGAGCCGGAACACGGAGAAACGGAGUCCCAAAGCUCGGCCAUUGAAAAUCAGCCCUCAGCAACCUGGACCCUCAGGUCCAGUCCCACAGCCACCAAAGAGCAAGCUUCCCUCAACUGCUAGUGUCCCAGACCCUACAAAGCAGGCAGAAGAAAUCUUGAAUGCCAUCCUACCCCCAAGGGAGUGGGUGGAAGACACGCAGCUAUGGAUCCAGCAGGUGUCCAGCACCCCCAGCACCAGGAUGGAUGUGGUGCACCUCCAGGAGCAGCUGGACCUGAAGCUGCAGCAGCGGCAGGCCAGGGAGACUGGCAUCUGCCCUGUCCGCAGGGAGCUCUACUCGCAGUGUUUCGAUGAGCUGAUUCGUCAGGUGACCAUCAACUGUGCGGAGAGGGGGCUGCUGCUGCUGCGAGUCCGGGACGAGAUCCGCAUGACCAUCGCUGCCUACCAGACCCUGUAUGAGAGCAGCGUGGCGUUUGGCAUGAGGAAGGCGCUUCAGGCUGAACAGGGGAAGUCAGACAUGGAGAGGAAAAUUGCAGAAUUAGAAGCGGAAAAGAGAGACUUGGAGAGACAAGUGAAUGAGCAGAAGGCAAAAUGUGAGGCCACGGAGAAGAGGGAGAGCGAGAGGAGGCAGGUGGAGGAGAAGAAGCACAACGAGGAGAUUCAGUUCCUGAAGCGCACGAAUCAGCAGCUGAAGGCCCAACUGGAAGGCAUUAUUGCACCAAAGAAGUGAUAAUUUCCAUAUGGGUCUCACAAGCGCUACUACCCCAUCCUAAGACCUUUGUAAUAAAAAGCUGGUUUCCUGAAGGAACAUGCCAUACCCUCCCCCGAUCACCAUCUAUGUCCUUGUCGGAAGUCACGUCACUGCCCCAGUGUCAGGAAACACCUCGGUCUGGCAGCCAGGCUCCUGGCCGGGCAGUGGAAGGUGGUGCAGGCUGGAUGGUCUCCGUACGUGGCCAGCCUUGGGAUCUGCCGGCUCAAAUAGUAAACCUCAGAAUCCACCCCCUUCUGCUGCAUCCCUCUCAGGUGAAGCAACUGCUUGCUCACCAGCCCAUACUAACACUUCUGGCCGAAUGCAGUUGCUCCUGUCCCCCCAUUUCUGGCCCACACUUCACUCUGUACAUUAAUUUGGGCUCCUCUGGCCUCAGUCGUUCCCUUCUCUGACGGCUUUUCAUCAGCCCUGCUCUAGCUCAGUGCUAGUAACUCACUUUGGAGGAUGGGGUUUGCACUGGACCAUCUGACCCCUUCCUCCCAUUUCAGACAGCCCAGGCAAGGGGGCAACGGCAGCAAACCCGUGGCUUUUAAGUAAAUGUUUCCUGGAAAGUGCGACAAGUCCCAGUGUCCAGUGGCAGCUGCUUGUACCUCAGCUCCUCCCCCAGCACCAGUUUGUUCGUUUCAGUCUACAGGACACUGAACCCUUGGCCAACACCCCUCUAACUAGCUACGUCUAAUGACGGGAGAGGUGCCCAAACCUCACAUGCAGCUCUGAUUGUUAAUGACCAGGCGACGGGCUGCAGGCAACUGCAUUUUACUGUUCUUCUUAAGUUAAAGUUUGGAGGCUUGGGUCUCGGCUGACUUUGUAGACCUAGAAGACUCCGUGAGUGACACAAAUCUUUAAUUCAGGACAGACCAGGGUGGGCUAGGGCAGCAGGCCGCGGGACUGACAUCCUUCACAUUUCCCAAGCAACCCACCUAAGGAAUGAACGUUCCCUCUCCAGUGGGAGUGCUUCUCCAGUGCUCAGUGUGGCCCCGAGAGGUGUGAAGAGGGGCUGUCCGCAGCAGAGCCGCGGCCUGCGGGUUGGGGCUCGGAGGCUCCCUGAAGAGCGGCGGUCCUGCAGCUGCGCCCCACUCGCAAACUUGAAGUCACAGCCUCCACCCUCAUCCCAGGUCCCGAGGAAUUCUAAGACUCCCUGGGACCUGUCUGCUCAAGAAUGCUGGUCGGAGAUGGACUCCUGCCAGGACCCCUGCACAGUGGGGCACGCAUGUCCCGACUGGAUCCACCUACCAGGCACAACGAGGGACAACAGAAACUGCUGUCGCUUUUUUUUUCUUUGUAUUUUAAAGCCUAGGCCACAUACAUUACAUCCAUGACACUGUGUUCUUUUUACUGUUCCAUCCAAACACUGCUAAUGCCAGUACAAAAGAAAUACUACCGCACUCUCCAUUUUACUCAUCCCCGCUUCUGUCAGACAUUUACGUGGCAGGGUUUCACUCUGGAGGAACCAGGAGGCCGAUUCCAGGCUCGAGGCGCCAACGGACCCCACUGGGGAAACCCGAGGGGCGGGGACGCUGUGCCCUCACUGGCACCGGUGAAUGGUUUCAGCUGUUGGCCUCGAAACAAAGGCACUGUGGCCUCAGAAAUGCCAACCGGGCAGGAAGAAAAUGAACGCAGUUUCUAAUGGCAUAUUUUUGUAUAAUUUAAUAAACAGCCU